CUACAAAUGUUUGUUUAACUCUACAUUUACCUUGUGCAAUAAAUUUCCUAUGUGAUUUUAAUCUAAGAAAAAUCCUUCUUACAGGGUACUAUGACAGUAAUGACUGUGUGCAACUUACAUUGUAAAAUCUGAAGCUUAAGGAUGAGAAUACUCGGAUUGUUUCUGACAUCUCCAAAGCACUUCAUAUCCUAUCAGACAUUUAGCACAAGACAUUUCCAAACACUAGUCUCAUCAACAUGGUUAAGAAACCAACUGGCAGCAUCGAGAGAACUCAGCUCCCAACUGAGAGUGCUGGAUGCAUCAUGGCAGUCAAAUGGUCAAGGAUAUGAACAGCUAUACAAACAAGCGCACAUCCCUCAUGCUUUGUAUUUUGACCUGUACAAAUGCUGCACUGGCACCAAAGAAAUCCCCCUCAACCUCCCAGAACCCGAGUGCUGGACAAGGUACAUUCAGUCACUCGGCGUGUCCUCAGACACCCAUGUGGUGGUAUACGAUGGUCAGAACAUGAGGCUCGCUCUCAGGACCUGGUGGCUUUUCAGACUGUUUGGUCAUGAGAAUGUCUCCGUACUAGAUGGAGGUUUGAUUAAGUGGGCAGAAGAUGGCUAUGAGAUAACUGUGGAGGAGCCAACAGUUAAGAAACCAGGCAAUUUCCAAUGCAAGCUGAAUAAAUCCCUUAUGCGUACAUUUGAGGACAUGCAGAAGAAUGCAAAGAACGGUGCGGAGCAGGUGGUGGAUGUUCGGGACAGCAAAUCUUUUGAGGGAGUGGUGGGGGACUCAGCAGGGGAGAAUACUCCAGAAUCCAGGAAUGGGCAUAUACCAGGGUCACUUAACAUACCCUAUAAAUCGUUCUUCAAUGAAAACAUGACGUUCAAGUCAAAAGAGGAAAUAGAAGACUUGUUUGAGGAUGCUGGAGUGGACAUGAAUAAGCCGAUAGUGUCCAGUUGUUUCCUUGGACUUACUGGAGUAGCCAUCAAUCUUACCUCCCACAUGAUGGGCAAACCAGACACAGCCCUCUACUAUGGUUCUUGGAAUGAAUGGAGACUUCGAGCAGACCCUGAAGAGUGUGAAACUGGCCCCCCUCGUCUAAAGGCGUGACCGCCAGGUUCAGAUGCCAUGGACAGCAAGAUUGUGUGAUUGAAAUGUUAAUCCCCUACCCGCAAUAACAAAAGUAAUAUUCUACCCUGUCCUGUAUUAUUGCUCGUUAGUAAUUAUUUGGAUGGAAUAGCUAGAGCUUUGUUCAUUAUUUAUCCAUGAGGAGAUCGGUGAACUUGAUUUGAUUGAAAAUUGAAAUCAGUACUGGGAUGUGAUUAUGAUGACGAUUGAAAUGGUGCCAUUUGAAAUGAUUCUCCUCACAUUCAUGGAGAUUUGUUGAUUUAGAUUAUUAAUCUGUUUGAAUUAUGUACAUUGCAGUUUUGUUGUAUCAUAAAAAAUAAACAUAUUUUAAUUGCUA